AAGUUAUUCAUUUCAAAUUAAAAUUCUAUCCUUCAUAUUUAGCCAUGAGCAAUCUACGUUGUAAUCUUGUAAAUUUCUCUUCUCCAACAUAAUAUCUUACUUAGUUCCCCCUUCAUCUUUUUUUGCAUCUAUUCGAACUUAUCCUACGUUUGUAAUCUCGUAUAUUUUGCUUCUCCGGCAUCUUGUUGAGUUCCUCAAAAUUCCAAGAUUAUCAUUUCUUCAUAUAAAUUUAGGUUAUUUUGAUCAAUGCCCUCUACUAAUGGGUCCUUCUAGUACUAGAAGAGCAAGAACAAGAAGUACAAGAAAUUCAAGAACCACAACAACAACUCUACAAAAGAAGCAACGAGAGAAGAAGAAGCAAUCAUUGAUGAAGAUGAAGAAAAAUAUUCAAGAAAGGAAAUCAUCAUCUAUUAUUAAUUCUCCUUGCAAAUCUCCAUGUAAAGAAGCAAAUUCAUUGAAGAGAUCAUCAUCAAAUGAUGAAAUGGAAUUAAUGGAGAAUAAUAAUAAUAUUUGUUCAACUCCAAAAGCUGAGAGAUUUAGAAUCCCAGAAAUCAAGACAUGCCCCCCAGCACCAAAAAAGAGAAGAAUAAUUUCAUCAACAUCACCAAGUAGUUCAUCAUCACGUCAUUCAUUGAGAAGAAAUCCAGUUACUUUUUUUGCUCCACCAGAUAUAGACCUCUUCUUCUUCUUGGCACUUGGUGAUAUCCCAGUUUGAAAUAAAGUUUGAGUAAUCAUACUUAUAUGGAAAAAGAGAUAUCAACUUUAUGUUGAUUUUUUUUUUUUGGAUUGUUUUAUUUUUAUUUUCUAUUUUUGGUUUUCAUGGUCUAGAAGUUUUUAUUAUUUGAGUGACUCUAUAGCUAGCUAUUGGACUCUGCGCGUAGUGGAAACUUUAGUACAUCAAAUUAUUUUUUUUUCCUGUAGCUAGCUAGCACCUAGGUUCUGAUUGUCAGUUUUUUUUUCCUGGUAAUGUAAGAUAUGCUAGUUAAUAGUCAAAUAUAGUUAUGGUUUUACUA